AGAAACUGUAUAUGCGAUCGUACGAGUUUGUAACCAAUACACCACUCAAACUUGAUCGGCACAAAGUAUACCUCGUCGACGAUGUGGCUGUCACAAGGACUGUACCCUUAUCGCAGCCAUUAUCCCCAUCAACCGCAUCAUCCAGUUACAAUAUGAUAGAACGAUGCGUAGUAGUUCAACGACAACCAGAUGGUUUCGGUCUGACGGUGAACAGCGAGUUUCCAGUUUAUGUGCAUACUCUGAAACAGGAUGGAGCUGCUUACUGUGCGGGUGUUCGUCAAGGAGAUCGGAUAGUCAAGGUCAAUGGAAUGUCGGUGUCGCCCAAUAACCAUAAGGAAGUGCUCCAAAUGAUAUCGAAUGGCCACAACGUUGCAUUGACUCUACUUGGAAAACCACCGGACCCCAUAUCCAAUAUUUCUUUUCCGAAUCAACAAGUUGAGCAAAAAAUACAUAUCGCUGAUCCAGUGCUCAUCGAGGCCAGCUCAAAGAGUUGGCGACAACGACGCAACGAAUUACUUGGCCAGAUGGUAGCUGAAGAAAGACGAAACGUUGAGGGUCUACGAGAGUCAUCUCAAAAUGGCGAAAAAAUUGACAGAGCUUUAAAACGAAUUGUUUCAUUGCAGUCACAACUGAAACAAUUAAAACCAGAAUCAAUUAUCUCGGAUAGUCAGAAAAGUUUGACAAAUCUAAACAUGGACAUUGAUAGUGACGAAGAGGAAAAUGACGUUGUCUAUUUGCCUGAAUCACAAGGAGGCCCAUUUUCUAAUUUGGCGGAGCUCAAAACCCAUCCAGCACAUUUGGCGGUGUUCAUAAAUUAUCUUUUACUACACGGAAAUCCAAGUAGUUUGUUUUUCUAUCUAAUCACCGAUGCAUAUCAGUCCGCAUACGGCACCGCCAAAGAAUUCCGACGUUGGGCGUUCGAAAUAUUCUCCACAUUCAUCAUUCCUAAUUCCCCAAUGUGUAUUCCCAACUCGAACCAAAGCGUCAUUCAGCCGAUUGACAAGAUUAUGUGCAUGACAGCUGAGCAUAUUGGAGACAGUGAUACUGACACAUUAAAACGAAUAUUUGUGCCAGGACGACAAAGAGCUGUAACCGACAUCAAUAUGUAUCUGAAUGACUUUCGACAGAAAAAGCAACUCGGUGGGCAGGUGUCUGAAUCGACGAAUCAACUGACGCAUAUGGUUCGAGGUGACAUGACAAUGGAGCACAGGGUUGGAGAGCAGAUGCUGUUCCGUUGUCUCGAGCAAUGCAGUAAUUCGACGGACUUCGACUCUUGUGAAAUUCGUACGCAGUCAAUAAUUUCUAGUCUUGCGACAGUUAUCAAGAUCGUAUUGGGAAAGACAUCGUCGUCGUCUAACGAGAAAAUGCUUGACAAGUUUCCGCAGUUCAUGGCACGCGACAAGCCACCCGGAAAGAGUCGCAAGUUGCCGGCAAACAUCAAAAAUCGCAUUCAAGUCAAAGGGCAUAGCUUUUCAAUCAACUCGGUGAACACGGUUCACUAUUGUUAUCAAUGUAGGGAUGCUAUCUGGGGAAUGCAACCAUGGAUCUAUUUUUGUAGCAAUUGUGAUGUUAAAGUUCAUCCUCACUGCACAUCAGCACUUACGGAUGCUUGUUACCCGGUAACUCAAUCUAAACAAAAAUCUAAGUCUCGUCUAUCUGGUUUAAUUGGCCGUUCCGAUGCUAACGACGAUGAAGACUCGGGAAGCAAUGCACGGCACGAGCAGCCUAAUGUGAAAUCCACUAGCUCGGACAGCGGAAUUGGCGGUGAACAUAACAUGGAUCGUGGCUUGGUAUCCAGAUCGCAUAGCAUGAGAUAUCGCGUUGCAACUCUCCCACAAUCUCUAUCUGAAGAUAAAGUUUCGAUUCCAAGUUCAAAACGAGAUAGGUCGGUCACACCUAGUUGGCAACGAUCAACGGGAUAUGAUUUGACGCCGGCUGAUGAAAUAGACGAAAGUGAUAUUGGUGACAGAAAAUCGAAAUAUCUUGAAAGAAGAUCUUUGGAAAGCUCGAGUAGAAUGGCCAUUGAUCUACAAAGUGUCAGUGCAGCUUCUAGUUGUUCACAUCAUAGUGGUUCCGUUGCUAUGGAUGACGAUAUAUGUGUUCGACGAACCACAACUCUUCAAUUCUCUAGAUUUAUGGAUGGCGAUAGCGAUUUUGAAAUUGAAACCGAGGCAACGCCGUUAGAACAACUGAUUGGAUGGGAUGUUAUUAGGCAUCUGAAACCUAAAGAGAAAAAGCGUCAGGAAGUGAUAAAUGAAUUAUUUCACACGGAGCGGACUCACGUUAGGAAUCUCAAAAUAUUAUAUCAUGUAUUUUAUAAGCCUAUUGUCACCAGCAAAAUUGUAACUGAAGAACUUGCAAAUCUGUUAUUUGCCAAUCUAGAAGAGCUCUUGAAUUUGCACAAAAGCAUGUCUGAUGCUAUGAGAGCAGAAGUUGAAAAGUGGAGAUCAGCACCGCCUCGUGUGAAUGGAGGAAUUUAUGGGGACAUUGGUGUGCUGAUGGAGAGCAUGUUUGAUGGUGAAGCAGCCGAAAACCUGAUGCGAGUUACGGCAACGUUCUGUCAACACCAACAACACGCGCUCGAGUUUCUCAGAACACGGUGUAAACGAGAAAAAGACGACGCUUUUGUGAGGUUUCUAGCCGAGGCAGAAUCGAAUCCCGUUUGUCGUAAGCUACAGCUCAAAGACAUGAUUCCCGUGGAAAUGCAAAGGCUUGUCAAAUAUCCUUUAUUGCUGGAAACCAUUGCAAAGUAUACAACCGAGCCCAGUGAGGAACAAAAUUGUUUACUCCGAACGGUAGCAUCAGCGAAACGUAUUCUAAGUGCUGUGAAUACUGCCAAACGAAAUGCUGAAAACUUGAGACGUCUUGAAGAGCUGCAAAAACGAACAGACACGUCGCCGUUUGACAAAGAGUUUGUCGGGCAUGACUAUACGAACUUGAAUUUAACCAAAUUUCGGCUUGUGCACGAUGGUCCUUUAACAUGUCGGUUUAACAGAGGAAAGAUGAUAGAAUUGCAUGUUGUUCUUCUUGAGAAUAUGCUAGUAUUGUUCACAAAGAACAGCGAUGGGAACAAACUAGUGCUUAAGGCAUUGGAACCCUCAAAGGAGACCAGAUGGUCACCGAUUCUUCCAUUAGCUCCUCUGAUUGCUAAAGAAAAAGCCAAUGACAAGCGUGCAUUUUUCUUAAUUUUUAAUAGUCAGUAUGGUGCGCAAAUUUAUGAACUGGUAGCGGGAACGGCGACAGAACGAAAAACAUGGUUUAAACUAAUGGGUGACCAGAUAAUGAGUGAGAAAAAGAACCAAGCUGCCGGUAUCGAUCAUAACUUUGAUGUGAGUGCGCAAACUACGCUGGAUUCUGAUGGUGUGGCCAAAGUAAAUGUCGUUACACAUCCAAGAUUGGUGAAUGCAAAUGAAAUUACAAUUCAACAACCGACCAUUUUGGAGCAUGCACAGCCCGUAUUAACUCCUGCGGAAAAAUUAAAACGAAGCGAUGAGAUCAUCAUUCAAACACUUAUCACUAAACAGACAAUACUGGCUCAAUUCUUGUCAAACGAUGACUCGAAAGGAAACACGGAAGAACUCGAAAAAAUCACUGAAGUGCUUGGAGGUCUUGCAGUUGUUGACUUGAAACAACGAGAUGGAAAGGAACUUGCAAUGUCUGCAAUAGUUCAUGGAAAUCGGCUAUUGGAUAGUAUCAACCAAAGUCUUAACAUUCGAAAAGAAAUGGGAGAAAAUGGAUUAGAUAUCUAUAUUCUUAAUAACCAAGAGCCUAAUGUGCCGUCAGUUCCGUCUUAUAAACUGACUGCUAUCGCCGCACCAUUAAUGAAUCAUCUGAAAGCACUAAUGCAGGUGAUUCAGGACCAACAAAAUGAACUUAAUCUUGUCAAGCAGCAGCUUUACCACUACAAGAAACUCGCAUCUGAUGUGGAUACUCGCGACAGAUCUGUUAGCGAAGAGACUCUUACUGAUUUGGGAGAAGAUCGAAAAAUGGUUCCGAAACGACCAAGACUACCUUCAAUUCAACCAAUGACAUAGCAUCACAUUUUUGUUAAAACAUCAAUAUUUUAACUUUUUACAAGCCAUCCCCGUCUGUUUUAUAAAUUAUAAUUUAUGAGUGAUUGCUAUCAAACAUCAAUUGAUAUAAUAACAGUUAAUCUGUCACCAAAUUUAUAAUUUCAAACUCUCGCCUCAUAAAAAUCUCCUUUUACAAAAUUUGUAUUUUGCAUUGACACUUCAACCUUUUUUUGUCGUUCAUGUAUGUUUUAAUUUACCCGCGUUUCACGGAUACUUGUGUUUUUCAUUGCUAUGCUGGAAGAAUGAAAAAUGUGUUUCUUUCUCGAAUAAAUAUUCAACAAUUAAUAAUAGAAAAAAAUUAAAAA